AUGCUGAUAAGUGCAUCGACAAGCCCAGUUGCAAGUACGAGAUCAAAGGCACUUACCGUUUUUGAAGAAAUUGAAAAGGUUUACAGUGAAGGUCCAAUAAAUAUAGAUUAUGCACACGUGGAAAUCCCAGGUACGUCAACUCUAAACUCCAACCAAAUCGCCGAUAAUGGGUUGAAUACACCAAAUGAGCAGACUCGAAGCACCAUUACACCAAGUACCAUUUCGACGAAUUUGACAGUUGAUGAAGGCUUUCGUUAUGGGGAUUCGAAAGCAGUAAAACGACGAGGUCGUAAACGUAAUUGUAAAACUAAUAAACGUUAUAUUGACUACUUAUCCGAUGAUGAAGAUUUUUUUACAUUUUUUAAUUGCGAUGGGGCUGAUUUGGAUUCAGAUGAAUGGUCGGGAUCAGAGACGUCAGAAAACGAUGAUGUAGGUGAUAUUAGGACAAAGAAGAAGAAAAACUCUAAAUCUAAGCAGAAGAAAAAGGUAGUUGUUAUUAUACAAGAAGAACCAAUUGUAGGUGAAGAAGGUUUUAGAAAGGAGAAGAAAAAUUCAAAGAAAGAACGACAACAAAAACGAUUCAAGGGCGAGGAAUAUGUACGAAAGGAUGGUAAAACUGUAAAUGCUAAAUGUCUUCAACCCAAUCCAAGUAGUGGAAAAAAAUGUGGCAAUAAUUGCGAAAAUAUUUCGGAUGAGAGAAGACAGCAGGUGUUCGAUCAUUUUUGGAAACUGACAGUAGACCGCCGACGAGACUGGUUGGUUAAUUUAACACAAAAACUAGCUGUAAAACGUAAACGUACCAACUCAGACACCCGUGUUAAUACUUUUAAAUACCACAUCAAUGAAGGAGAAGGAAGGCGGGUAGUAUGCUUGCAAUUCUUGGCUGCUACAUUAGACAUUUCAGCAAAAUCUAUCUACCAUACGGUCAAGAACUCUGAAUGGGGCUGUGCUAAGGAAGAUUUACGCGGAAAAUGUAUACCACCGAAUAAAACAAAACCAGAUACCAUUGAGAACGUUGUGAAAUUUAUUAAAAGUUUACCGGCAGUACCGUCUCGUUAUUGUCGCCAUGAUUCCUCCCGAGUCUACCUUCCGCAAGAAUUUAAAAAUAUUCCAAAUGUCUACAGCAUUUAUAAAAAACGUUUGGAGGGCGACGGUGUUGAUUUUGUUAGUGAAAAAGUAUUUCGUAGAAUUUUUACAGAGGAAUUCAACAUAGGUUUUCACGUGCCUAAAAAGACAAGUGUAUGA